UUUCAGACUCGCGAGAAAGCCUACGAUAUUGUCUUUACGCAUCACAUCCUGGUUUGCGUUUUCAACCAAAAGGAUGACCCACUACUUGGACUACGGCAGCUGGUCAUGCCUUUACGAGCAAGCAAUUUACAGCAAAGUGAUYUGAAACAGAUUGUCUUCCUCGGUGACAAWGAUUAUUUGAAAAGAGAGUGGGAAAAUGUUGGCAGUUUUGAUAAUGUGCAUAUUCUACCGGGAUCUCCAUUCUGUCGUGCGGAUCUUCGUGCGGUCAACGCUAAUCUAGCUGACAUGGUWGUAUUCCUWUCGUCCACCACGGCGGGAAACUCCGCUGAYCCAAAACUUGCUGAUAAACAGUCAGUCUUGGCAUCGUUAAAUCUCAAGGCGAUGUCAUUCGAUGAUGCAGCUGGUAUGCUUAAGACAUCAACA